AUGUUACGGCACAUGACGCAGCGCCUUGUGCGGACUCAAGCUCUUUCUAUCCGUGCAUUCAUCUCUAGGACCAAAUCAACAGCUGCUGCAAGCUUUUCAUUCAACAAUGAAGAGCUAUUUAAUCCGUUUAAGGUCGAACCAGACUGUCUCCAACCUGGUAUACCAGCGAGAGAAUUUCAAGAUCGUCGGACGAAAUUGUUUGCUACAAUGCCCAACAACUCGGCGCUCAUUGUCCAUGCGGCUGAAGUCAAGUACAUGACACAUGACAUUCCAUGGGAAUUUCAUCAGAACAGUAACUUUAUGUAUCUUACUGGACUAGAGGAGCCUGAUGCCCAUGCAUUGUUGGUCAAGAGUCAAGAUAAAUGCACAUUCGCGCUCUUUGUACGUCCUCGGGAUCCACGCAGUGAGCAAUGGGAUGGUGCUCGGAUUGGUUUGGAUGGAGCACAAGAUCGGUACUUGGCAGAUGAAGUCUUUCAGUUGAUGGACCUGGCUCUAGGCAUGCAAAAUCUGCUAUCAGGAGUAAACAAGAUAUUUGUACUCAAGCCGGAUGGAGUAAUGUACUCGCCGACAAUACUGCGGGCUACGCAGGACUUUCAUAGCAAAUUCGUUGCUGGUGAUUUUUUGGUUGAACAGCUCCGUGCGGUGAAGUCUGCGAAUGAACUUAACCGUAUGCGGUUUGCGGCUGACGUUGGCGCGCAGGGAUUUAUUGACAUGAUGAAAACCACACGACCUGGGAUGCUGGAGCUUGCACUUGGCUCUAUUUUUGAAGGAUCUAUCAAGAAAAAUGGUGCGCUGUGGAACGCGUUCCCGAACGUUGUGGGCUCGGGAUCAAAUGCUGCGGUCAUUCACUAUUUGGCGAAACGUGAUUUACUCCGUGAGCACGAUUUGGUGCUAGUUGAUUCCGGGUGUGAGGUUGCUGGUGGAUACGCCAGCGAUAUUACGCGCACGUGGCCUGUAGGUGGAGAAUUGUCACGAGGACAGAUCAUUUUGUACGAAUUUGUGCUGGAUGUCCAAAAGAAGUGCAUUGAGCAUUUGAGAAAAAUGGUCGAGGCAAAAGAGCCUAUUAGCCUAAACAAAUUACAUGACUAUUCUGUGGAUCUCAUGAUGAAGCACAUGCAUGAGUUGGGUAUCAUGAAAGUCAAGGGCGGGCCUCAAUCGCGCUCUGCAAUACGUGAGUUUCAAAAGUAUAAUCCGACGCAUGUUGGUCACUACUUGGGCAUGGAUAUUCACGAUACACCGCAUGUAACGCGCGAUGCACCGUUGGUACCUGGCAUGGUGGUUACUAUCGAGCCGGGCAUUUACUUGCCGAAAAAUGAUUUUGACCUGCCGGAAGAGUUCCGUGGAAUCGGUAUUCGGAUUGAGGACGAUGUCGUGAUCACGGAGACGGGAAUAGAGGUGACUACGUCCAAAGUGCCAAAGGAGCUGAAGGAGAUGGAGGCAUUGCGUUUUGAGUAG